AGGAUGUAUCUUGACGAUAAUUAUGACUACAAUCAACAUACAAACAGAAAUGAAAGAGAAAUUUCCAAAGUACCCGCUUCUCAAUGGAAUGAUACAAAAGUGUCUUCAGUAAGCAACCCUAAGUUAAAAAGGGACAAUCGAGAAGCAGACGACAUCCAGUGCCAACCCGCAACGCAGCAGACGUCAGGUGACCAAACUGUGAAAUCUACUCAACAUGGAUACUUAGACAUGAGCAAAUUUACAGGUGUCUGCUCAAAGCCACAGGCUACUUGCACUCGGCAAAUCAGUGAGAAGUUACUACAAGAUGCUAUAAGAAAUGAGUUGACUAGCAAGAAGAAAUCAAAGAAAGGAUUUUUCACCAGCGCAUUUCGCUCUAUUCUCGCUUGUUUUGGAAUUAAAAAUGACAGAAAAUGUAAUGAUCCGUUUGGAAAAAUGUUAAAGAAGUAAAUCUAUUUUGUGUUUUAAGUAUAUGAUUUAUUUUUGUUAAAUAUAAAGUUAAUCGUUUUACAAAUGUCGUGAUUUUGUUUUCAUUGGGGUUUUAUUUACAUAAAGGUAUGCAUGCAUGAUAUUUAAAAUAUAUGACAUAUAGAAAUAAAUAUAUAAAUCAUCAAGUAAUUCUUGGCCCUUGUGGCAGGAGUUGCCUAAAAGGGUUUUAUGGCAUC